UAGGACUGGAGUAGCAAACAACAUUUCUACUGAGACAGAAAAGCAAGCACUCACAAUCUAAGACGAUCCAUUCAAAGGCCAAGAACGCACUUAACUCCGGUUCAUGGCAACGUUUACUCUUUGCAAUAGUAAAACAAUAACAAGUAUUCGAAAACGGGCUCAUUGCUUGUCACUUUUACUUGAUAAUUAUAGGUGGAUUAUAGAUUCUUACGUUUCGGAUUUCUACACAUCAACUCACUGGGGUAAAUUACCCAAAUCUGUACAAGAAUAUUUUGACAAUGUGGAUCCUGCACAUUUUGCUUGGCUAUUAGAGAAAAAUGAAGUUGCUAACACUAACAGGCUAAUUCCACCCUUAAUCUUAUUGACACUUCAUUGCUGCAUUCACAAUUUUUCCUUAAAUAGAAUAGGAGUGGAUAUUGAAUCUCCCCAGACUCAACAGGACAUAGCCUCUGCACUUCUUGAAACUAACGAUGGAGAUAUUGUGGACACUCGGUGUAUACAGCAGUGUAAUUACAAAAAUGGGCAAUGUAUGGAUAUGGAAUACAUGUUCAGAAAGCAUGUGAAACCCAAGAAACAACACGAGAUCAACAAACUUGGGCAAACAGUGAAACUCUUAAGUAAGACAUGCAGCGCCAGUCAGGUCAUUGAUGUUGGUGCUGGAUUAGGCCAUCUAUCUCGGAUCUUAACGUUUCAGCAUGGGUUGAAAGUAACUACAGUUGAAGCAGCUGAUGGUCAUGCUCCCAAAGCUUGUUCUUAUGAUAAAGAGGCCAAAAAAGAUGUAUGCAAGGCUAAUGUAAAGAAAAUUUGCCAAGUCAUGCCAAAGUCCUUGGAAAGUUCAAUGAAAUCAUUGGAAAAUCAAAGAAAAAAGGAAAAUAAAAUAGAGCAAAAUCAUUGUCAUGACUCCUGUAUAAGGAAAUGUAAUUCUUCAUCGACAAACUACUAUGGUAUUUCUAAAAAUGGGGAACAGCAUGUUAGUUGUGAUGAUAAAUUUGACUUAGUUAUCACUGAUGAUAAAAAUGUCUUAAAAUCUGACUUGUACAAUAAAUUCACUGAAGAUAAUGAUUUGGAUUAUUUACCUAGCCAUGUGAUCUGUAAAGUAAACCCUGAUAUUGACGCCUCAAAUUUUUUGGAUAUAGUAAACAUAAGAAAUAAUAAUGGUCAGAAUCAAUUCAUUCUUGUUGGUCUUCAUGCUUGUGGUGAUUUGACACCUACAUUGUUACGGGUCUUUGUUGAUUGUCCAGAAGCUAUUGCCUUGGCAUCUGUUGCUUGUUGUUACAUGAAAAUAUCAACUGAUGGAAGUACAAGAUUAGCCAACUUUCCUAUGAGCAAGUUUAGUAAAACUCUUCCCUUCUGCUCAUUGACAUAUGUCUCCAGAGAACUGGCUUGCCACUUUAUUGAUGCUUAUUAUCAAAGGUUAAAAGCUAAUGAUCAACACCUAAAGAUUCACUCUUACAGAGCUGCCCUUCAGUGCAUUUUAAAGUUUGCCUGCCCACAAUUUAAAAAUGGUGACUAUCGUUUAGUGAGUAAAAAAGGAUCAAGAGGCACUUUCACAGAAUAUGCUGUAGAGAUCUUAAAGAAAGUGGGCAUUGAUGCAGAUUCUGUACCACAGGAGAUGUACCAACAUUGUGAAAUGCUAACGCAGUAUUGGAAAAGAGUUGUGGCUUUUUACACAAUUCGUUUAAGUCUUGCUCCUGUUGUGGAAACAUUUAUACUGCUUGACAGAGCUUUGUUUUUAAAUGAAAAAGGAGUAUCCAGUGUCCUUGUGCCAAUUUUUAAUUCAAGUAUUUCACCUAGAAAUUUUGCGCUAUUGGCCAUAAAACAAUGAAAUGAUGAAAAAGUCAAAAAUUUGAACAAUUACUAUCAUACGGCUCUAGGAGAAAAUAAUUAUCUACAAUUUCAACAAAAUUACUGAACAGUCAACAGUGAUCCUCAAAAUGUGUUCAGAAUCAUAAAAUAAUAUUAAAUAAUGCAAGUUGUGACUGUGAUGUAUGUACUCAAUAUGUAAAUUCAACUGACCACUAUGGCCACUUACUAAUUUGUGUGUAAUACAAACUUCCAUUGACCUCUUGCUUUUUUUCUUCUUUUAUGAUUCACUUAAAUUUAACAUGUAAAUGUUUGGUAUUACAAUAGUUUUGUUUGUAGUUGAAUGUUGUAUUAGCAAAAUAUUUAUCUACUUUCAAAUACACUUUUAAUCUGAUAAGGAUUUCAUGUUAUAAUUUGUCUAUUUCAGUUCAUUUCUUUUUUUUUUUUUUUCAUAAAAAGGUUAAUAUUUAUCCUAAUGACAUUUUUUUUCAUAGUUAAAAAAGGGAAACAAAAUCUUGUGCUUUUACUUACAAAUUUGUUUGUUUAAAUACUUGUAAUAAGGAAAAUCUAAAGAUAAAAUAAAUAACAACAUGGGAAACAAACAUUCUAAAGAAAGACAAAACAGUGGAGCAACAUGUUUAAAAUUGUUUGUUGUUUUCUGUGUUAAAAUAAGACAAUAACUUAGAUCCAUUUUUGGGACAUGUUACUAAAGACUUUCAAUAAAUGUUACCAAAAACAAAAUAACUAUAGUAAUUUUUUUAUAACAAAAAAACUUUAUGUAAAUUAGGUAAUAAAAAAUGUAUAUACCUGCUUAACGUCACUAAAAACUGUAGAAGUAUGACAUAAUUUUUGACUAGCUGUUACAAAAAUUAUACCUUUACCACAUAUUUUUUUCUUUGUUUGAUAAUUUUUGUUGAAUAGGGAGAAAUGAAAUGACAUGCAGUAAAAUGUAAGUUUCCUCACUGACUAUUGUAAAUAUUGAAUAUACAUAUGAAUUGAUAAAAUAUUUCUGAUUGCCAAAAAAUUAAAUAUAAAUAUAUUAAUCAAGGAUUUUAAGACAAUAUGAAGCUUCAAUAAUAAUAAAUUUUGUACACAAAAUAUAUAAUGUACAAUGAAUAAAUAAGUACACAUGAUACUAUUAUGUUUGAUAGCAUGUACAUGUAUAUACAUUCUGUUGAACAUUCAUUCCCAUGGCCAGACCAGGUGAAUGAAUGAAUCACUAAGACAACAAUUGUGGAAUUUGAUUUGAUCCAACCAACAAGAGCAUGAAGAAAAACAAUAAUGUAACAAAACACAUAUUAUGUUGUGAGUAAUGCUUCAAUCAUAUUUCAGCCUACCAAUUGAAAUGAUCAAUUUUAUUCUUGUCUUGUUUUGUUGUAUAGAAUUCACAAAAAAACUGUUUUUAAAACAUUA